CUGCUAUAUCCCUGCCCGAGCCUUUGCGUAUGGGUUACAAUGGAUGUUAGCACUCACAAGCUGCUAGAGUCGGCCACAAUCCGGACUCUGCACGGGCAGAAUUUCUCGCGAUCCUCGACCGAGGCGACCCAUGUUCUGACGGAUCUGCUUUCGCGUUACCUGACUGUUUUGUCGCAGUCGUGCAAGAAGUAUGCAGAGCAAGCCGGGAGGCUGAAUCUAACUGUGCGCGAUGCGGGGUGUGCUCUUGAGGAGAUGGGGACAAGCAUCGAAGAACUACGUGAUUAUUGUGGCUCGGAAGGUAAGGAGCUAGGGAGAUAUGGGGUACAGACGAGGAAUAGACUUGAAGAUUUGAAGGAAUACAAGGCUGUUCUGUCCGAGGGGCUCCGGCAAGAGUACGAUGCCAUACCUUUGGUGUAUGCGCCCGUUCCAGAGGGACUGUCGUUGUCGGAAGGGGAAUCAGAAGAGCUUGACGAGGAGUCCGCGGAAUCCGGUGACGAACAAGUAACACCCGAGGCGCAGGUGAAUCCUGUCCUGAACGAAGACGAGACUGAGGCGACGCAAAAGGACGAGAGCCUAUCAGCACCCAGUGGUCCGAGAAGGCCAUCGUCACCACCGUUACCGCUUUCACCAGUUUCGAAUCCGGCGUCUCCUCCAGCUAGGAAGAGACAAAGGAUGAUGGAUUGGGACCCACCUGAAUAUGUUCCUGAUUUCCUUCCUCCAUUUCCUGGCGAACUUCAUCCACCCUCCAGAGAACCAUCACCUCGUCCGGCGGCGGAAUCAGCGACAGCUGGAGCUGAGCCACUCCCCACACCCCUCACCCAGCCUCUUACCUCCGCCUCUUCUUCCGAUUAUCUUACCCCCGUACCGUAUUCUGAAUCAUCACUCUCGUCUGUGCCGGAAUGGCACCUGCCGAAACCACCAUCGUCUCCGGGACUUGAGACGUCCCAUUCGAGACCAUUCGUCCUUCCGACUCCGCAAAUACAACCAACGCUGCUCGCAGCGUAUCAUCAUAUCCUUACGCACCCUCCCCCGCCCACAACAGGCGGCGGGAAUCCGAGUAAACACAAGGUCGCCCUGGCCCUCAUUGCAGAAAACCAGCGGCGCCCGCGGUGGGACCCGCCAGACACCUUGUACGCUAGCGUACAGCCAUGCCCGCCCCGUGUUGCGGCCAUUAUGCCCACCUAUCCUGUACCCAUCAACGCGCCGCCCACGCCAACAGAAGGCAAGGGUGACAAGACUCCUGACCCGAAUAAGGAGAAGAAGUCGGGUCUCCCUUCUGCCCCACCGAAGCCUGUCGCGCCGACCGAACGCAUUGCGCCCAUGAUCAGCCAACAGUCCUCACGUAUCCCAGAGUUGGCUAGGCAGAUCCUGCCGAGUUCCGUGUAUACACGGACGACGCGGCUGACUCACCCUCCUGUGCUCAUGAAAGGCACUCAGAAGCUUACCUAUGGGCCUGGUAUGAACGCGCCUUGGAAUUCUAUGGCGGCGCCAACCCCAGCCGGCGGCAAAGCGAAGGACAAGGACAAAGAUAAGGAGCCAGAGGAGAAAGACGAGGCGCCCAAGGUAUUGCCGGACGCGCGUUUCUAUGCGACGUGGGAUUACGAGCCGAAAGUGUUCUGGGACCCAAUACGAGGGAUACCGAAGAGAGCUCGGCAGGGAAGCAUCCAGGUCGGCGGCAGCAAUGCACAUGGUGGAUCGAGGGGUACCAAACGAGCCCAUGGAGAUUAGCUUACUUGUACUAUUACACGUUG